AUGACUAGUGUUGACGAGCUAUUCAAGAAACCCCUGGCAACAGGAAGCUCCAAGCGAAAAUUUGAGCCUGUCCAGGACCCAAAUGAGCUGUACAAAGCGGCGAAAAUCGAGUCAACUGGCGAUGUGAAAUCCAAUGGCAAGGGCGCGAUGAUAGAGGACGAAGACGUUAUGGACGACGGCGAAGCUGGGCCUGAAUUACCACCCGACUUGGAAGACGAUAUACCUGAUGAUGAAGAGGGUCGAUUCUUUGGAGGAGGCAUGGAACAGAAGACUGCUCAGGCUAUGGAAUACAUUGAUCAGAACGAAGAUGAAGCUGCGCCAGAGAAGUUCGAUGCGGCCUGGGUACGUCGGUUCGCCUUGAACUUCGAGAAAAAGAUCUCCAAGAACGCUGAGCUACGCGCGAAAUUUGAGAAUGAACCACAAAAAUUCAUGGCAUCUGAAGCCGAUUUGGAUACCGAGAUCAAAGGCCUGUCAAUUCUCUCUGAGCAUUCUGAUCUUUAUCAAGAAUUCUCGAAGAUGGGAUGCGUCGGGUCAUUGGUGUCACUGCUCUCCCAUGAGAAUGCUGAUAUUGCCAUUGAUACGAUUCAGAUCAUCAGUGAACUCACGGAUGAGGACGUGGAGGCUGAGCAGGAGCAGUGGGACACCCUGGUCAAUGCUAUGAUGGAUGCCGACCUUAUCGAGCUACUUACUCAGAAUCUCUCGCGCCUUGACGAGAAUGCUGAGACUGACAGAGCAGGUGUUUAUUACGUUCUCAAUGUCUUGGAGAAUUUGUCGUCCCAAUCUGCGUUGUCAGAGAAAAUUGGACAAGACUCAGUUGUAAUGUCUUGGAUUCUAUCACGCAUCCAAAGAAAGGAGAGUCCAGUCUCCCAAAACAAGCAGUAUGCUGCAGAAAUUCUGGCCAUUCUUUUGCAAUCUUCACCCAAGAACAGGGAAAAGUUUAUUGGUCUUGAGGGCAUCGAUGCGCUCCUACAGCUGUUGAGUCAAUACCGCAAGAGAGACCCGGUGAAAGACUCAGAAGAAGAGGAGUAUGUUGAGAACCUAUUCGAUUCAUUAGCUUGUCUCGUCGAUGAAGACUUAGGAAAGGUGAAGUUCAUUGAGGCUGAAGGAAUCGAGCUUGCUCAAAUCAUGCUGCGUGAGAGCAAAUUCAGCAAGUCGAGAGCUCUGAAACUUCUCGAUCAUGCUCUCGGUGGAGCUGGCGGUACUCAGGCCUGUGAACGAUUUGUCGAGAUUGCUGGAUUGAGAACGAUCUUCGGCAUGUUCAUGAAGAAGCAAGAGGGCCAAAGUAUCGAACAUUUGCUUGGGAUCUUCGCUUCCUUGCUUCGCCUUCUUCCUGGAGGAUCUCCGCCCCGGAUUCGGGCUUUGGCCAAAUUCAUGGAAAAGGAUUACGAGAAAAUUGAGAAAUUGGUCAAGCUACGAACGGAAUAUGCCGCCCGACUGUCUCCAGUUGAGCAAGCCAUUGAAAAGGAGCGAAAAGGACUCUCGGAAGACGAUCUAGAGUUCAUGACAGGCGAAUGGCUGUCGCGUCGCCUCGAUGCUGGUUUGUUCUCAUUACAAACAAUUGAUGUUAUCCUCGCAUGGCUUAUUGCCGAAGAUGAUGGAGCGCAUAAGAAAAUCGUUGGCCUUCUUGCAGAUCGAGACGAAGACUUAUCCCUCAUUCGAAACACUUUGCAAGACCAAUUGCAAGGAUUGGAAGAUGAGGACCAGGCGCAGAAAGACUUCAAGGACAUGCUGACAACACUGAUGCAAUUCUGCUAG